AUGUACGAAGACACAGACUAUAGUGAUAACAGCAGUGAUUAUCACUUAGAGUUGACUUCAACUGACCCAGUGAGAAGGACCCUUUCAAUGGCUCUGAUUCAGAUUUUUGUGUUGCCCUUUGUCUUCAUCAACUUUCUCAUGUUCUUUGCAUUCUGCAGGAAAGAAACACUCAGGGCAGAGACACGGUAUAUACUGUUUGCUCAGACAGUGCUGAGCGACUUAAUCUUCCUUCUACUGACAGAUUUUGUAGUGGUUCUCUCACAUAAUAUUGCACUGAUGCCAAUGGGAUUUUGCAUCCCGCUAUGCAUGAUGAUUGAAAUGGUCACAAACUGUACUCCAUUAACCAUCACUGCUAUGUGUGUGGAGCGUUAUGUGGCCAUCUGCAUGCCACUCAGACAUGAUGCUAUUUCCACCACCAGCAGGACAAUGAUUUUGAUCCUUGUCAUUUGGAUUAUAAGUUCUAUAAAUCCAGUUGUGGAUGUCUUUAUUCUCGUUGCCACCUCUUCACAGGAGUAUCUGACUCAGCUCACCCUUUGCCACUAUGAAAUAAUGACACCAGAGCACUGGCAUCGCCACAUGAGGGGAAUUUUUUACAUUUGUGCUUUAGUGAUCAUUUUCCUUGUUGAAGUCUAUUGUUUUGUGAUGAUUACAUUAGCUGCACAGGCUGCCUCUGGUGGCAACAAAAAGUCAGCAUCAAAAGGACAACGAACCCUUGCACUGCAUCUCCUUCAGCUUUGUUUGUGUUCGUUAGAAGCAAUAUGUCCCUACAUUGAGGCCUUUGUUAUAGAGAUGGACAUUGACCUGUACUUGACAGUUCGCCUUUUCAAUUUUAUUGUGUUCAGUGUUGUCUCUAGGGCAGUGAGUCCACUUCUUUAUGGUCUGAAAGAUGAGAAGUUUUGUGCAGUGUUGGUUUACUAUAUCUGCUGUAAAAUGAAUCCUGGCUCCUCUGUAAAACAAAAAUAA